AUGUACAGUUGUGACCAACAUGAGCAAAUCUUGGAGCGCAUCAAUGGACGCCACCAGGAGGGGCAGAGCAAGUCAUGGAGAACACUGAUAGAGGAGAGCUCACUACAUGGUGAGAGGACCUCCCAAGGAUCAGAGUUCAGCCUGGGGUCUAGACCCAUACAUGAGGAAGCAGGAGAAGCAGUUACUUUUGACACUAUUGAUGAUGAUGAUGAUUACUCCAUUGACCAAGGAUGGAGCACAGAGGGCUCCCUACGCUGUCCUCCAACCUGCAGGUGCACUGAAACCCAUGUGGAUUGCUCUGGGGUUGGAUUAUUGGUUAUCCCUUCUGCCAAGGAGUGCCAGCCCGACACCGGCACCAUGGACCUUUCAGGAAACCAGCUGACUGUGCUCCGCAUGACAGUCCUGAGUGAACUCAGGAGCCUCCGACAACUAGAUCUGUCUGGUAACCGUUUACUAUGCAGUUGUCCCCUACAUGGUUUAAUAUCACAUUUGCCAAAGGGAGUAAAACUGAUCAUGGACCAGGAGGUGGAAAGCUGUGCUCAUGACUCUAGUGUAUUACUGAUGCCGUGUGCCGAGCGCUAUGUCUCAUGUGUAUGGGGCCCACCACACUAUGUGCUGCAUUACUCUCUCAUCACCCCUGAUCCUUUCUCCAACAAUAGCUGCCUCGUUCUCUGUUUCCGUCAUGGCUAUUCUUAUUAUGGACUGGACAGUAUGCAACGUUGCCUUUGUGGCUCGGUCACCUCCAAUGAAGAGGACCCCUGUUCGGGGGUGUGCUCAAGACAUGGGAAUAUUUACAUGUGCAAUAAGAGUAUUAUUCAGGAUAUACAUGCUGUGCAGGUGACUAUAUUGCUUUCAGCCCCUUCUUACUACAAUGUCCUGCAGCCUGCCGAGUUCCGUGCAGUAGCCUCUAUCCCUGUCGCCCAGUUUAUUUGGGAUUUUCAAGAUGGAAGCAAAUCACUUAUCCCUGCUAAUGGAAUGGUCAGUCAUAGAUAUAGUCUUCCUGGGAAAUACACUGUAAAAGUAAGACCAGAAGCACAGCAGCCAGAAGCAGAAAUGACAGUGACCAUGGCGGUAGCAUUAGACAUGGCCGAACUGCACUGCCCAGAGGUGGCUCAAACAGGGCAAAGUGUAGAAGUAUGGCUACAAGUCAACCAGGGGACAGAUCUUCAAGCUGUCUAUAGCAUUCAGCUGCCAAAUGGUCAACUAUUGACAGAUGAUUCCUCCUGUCCCCGUGGAGGCAAAGUUUUUGGUGAAAAUCUGCAUUGCUAUUGGCUAAAUCAAGUGAAAGAAUUGCUGUCAGAGGCUCGUAAUCGUUGCAGAUUAAUACCUGGAGCUGAUCUUGCAUACAUAACCUCUGCUGAUCAAAUCAGUUUCAUCCAGGAGUCCUUCAGAAGUACUUCUCCAGUUUGGGUGAACAUUUCACAGUCCCUAAAAGAGGCAAAUAGGAGACUCCUGACUGAACCAGGCUUAGGUGAUCAUAAAAUACAGGAGGAUUGCCUGCACCUGUCAUUGUUACACGGGGAAGUUUAUCGGAGGAGCCCCUGUCUAGAGAGAGCACCUUCUAUCUGUGAAUGCCGGGCAGGAGUACGUCUCCCCGAUGCCCCCGUGUACCUGGUAGGUGUGCCGAUAUUUGAUGAUGCAGACACGGAGAAUGCCACAUUAACUCUUUCACAUAACAGACCACAAAAUGAUAUUGAGGUAAUGGUUUUUCCUGGGCUGUGGUUCAGCCACUCAGGGUCUCUGCUUGCCAUGGAUUUGGGGAUUCAGCCUGUACAGCAUGAACUCCUGGUUCUAAUCCAGAUUCUGCGCCCAUUCUGCAGUCCAGAACAGCACUUGAUCCCACCAGGUUGUGUAGCGCUUUGGUCUCCAUUUGCUACAUGCAAUCCACAGCCCCUGUGUAACACAACUGGUGACUGUCCUAGUGGGAGGCAGUGGUGUCCACUUAGUGAAACCUGCCUGAAACUCAACCGUCCAUGCAGCACUUAUACCUCUGCACGUUACCCACACCCACCACGAUACUCAGGGGUUCCCCCCUCAUAUUCACCAGUUGCCGAUGUGCUGUUGCAUCUCAGUCCCAACAUGAAGGAACGAAACAUACAAGUCCAGUUGUCCCAAUUGUCUCACUCUGUACACCCAGAUGAUAUACUUUCCAUACAGCACACUGGACACAGAGAGUCUUUCUUACGUUGCAAAUCCAGUCCAGAUUCACCCUGGCGGCAAACCUAUGCCAGAAUGACACACCUAGGAUGGCUGGAGGACUAUUUUCAGCUAAAUUCUGCCAUCUGGGUUGACGACAUAGUCUGUGACCUUCGUGUCCUCUAUGGAUCAGAGUUACGUAGCCUAGUAGUGUCCUCACUGCUAAGCAGCUUUCAGGAAGAUGGGAUGUAUGUAGUCAGCGCUGCCCUAAGCAAUGGAGUUAGCUCAACUGUAACAAGCUGUGAUAUCACUAUUCUAAGUCCUGUCAGUGACUUGCAGAUUAUAUACCCCUUGCUAGGAACUGAUGGCCUGCAUGUAGGCACUCCUCAUCCCACCCUUGUGGUCAUCAGUGCUCAGAGCUCCAGUCCAGCUUAUGUUCAGUGGUCAACAGUGGCACAAAGUGGAGAGUCAGUACUGCAGCAGAAAUGUCCUUCAGAUAUUUCCUCAAAAUUACCUGUUUGCGACACACUUUCAAUAAAUGUUGGCUUUGCGUGGAUGUGGUUGAUUCUUGACCACCCACAAACUACUACACUGACCAUCAUGGUGACCAAUGAGGUCAGUUCUAUCAAUCUUACCAUGCCAAUCCAGUCACAUGAUGCCAUUCAAGGACUCAGCAUUCACUCCGAUGGACCAGAUCAUGUUAAGCUAAAUCAGACACGGAUCUUCUCAGCCACAGUGACGCAAGGGUCAUCUGUCACAUUCACAUGGACCAUGGAUAACAAUGAAGGAUUCUCAUAUAAGGGAACAAGCUACAUGGUGACAUUCAGGACUCCUGGUAUCUAUCAACUUAAAGUGGUUGCUCAAAACUCUGUCAGCUCCCAGGAGAAGGAGAUGCUCCUACAGGUAGAAGGAGGUAUACUGCUGCCGGAAGCUGAGCUUGUUGUUUCCUCCACAGUGCUGUUGGCCUCUGAGACUCAGACAAUACUAUUCAAGAUACAAGUGCAAAGAUCGUCUGAUGUGACCAUAAGCUGGGACUUUGGAGACGGCAGAGCAUUGCUAAACAGAAGUUUUUGUGCUCCUCGUGAUAUGCAGAAUUCUGAAGGGUUCCUGGUCACGUUGAAUGAUACAGAAAGCCAUGAAUACAUCAAAGAAGGUCAAUAUCACUUGAUGGUAAAGGCUUAUACCAGCGGCUCUGAGAUUACGAGGACUUUGCAGUUACAAGUUGUCCAUCGACUCUCCAGCUUGAGUGUGAAAGUAGACCAUUUUGCUCUUGAAGUGCAUGAAACGUUAUCAUUCUCUGCUAUCUGUCUUCCUUCCCACUUUGGUGUGACUGUCACCUGGAAUUUUGGGGAUCAAUCUGAAACUUUCCAAAGUAGUGAUCUGCAAAUACAACACAUCUACAAAUCACUUGGCACACACAAUGUCACAGCCACUGCAACCAAUGGACAAAGCUAUGUAACAGGAUUCUUAAUGGUGACCAUUGAGGAGAAAAUUGAAGGCCUGCAAUUGUUAAACAAUGGACCAACCGAACUGGGAGCAGAAACUAUAAUAACCGGCUCGCAAGCUCAGGGCACAAAUGUUAUAUGGAAUUUCUACAUGGGGGAUGGUAUAUCUUACACUAACCAGUCAAAAUCUUCCGUAAGCCAUACAUAUGCCCAGUGUGGCGAUUUCACUGUUAGAGUAAUUGCUAGAAACUCUUUGAGCAGUGUCAAUAGUUCCACUUUUAUUCAGAUAUACAUGAUUCAAGUUAAUAACAUCCUCCCUGAUGUUAUUACUAGCCAUUUGAAGAUCCGGUUUACUGCAGACCACGCAGGGCCACCCUUCGUGCUUAAAUUUUGCUGGGACUUUGGAGAUGGCAGUCAACCAGUCCUUGUGCAAGGAAAAGCUGAGGUGUGGCAUAGCUAUGUUGCUGCAGGUAAUUAUACACUGAAGCUACUGGUGAGUGGACAGAAAAUAAGCAAUAUUUAUAGCAAAAUCAUUACGGUAGAAGAUCAGAUUAUUGUGGCUACCAUUAAUGCAUCACCUGCAGUCGCUAAUGUGUCCCAAUUGGUCCUUUUCAAUUCUUCGGUGCAACCACCACCAGAUCCAGUGCACUUCUAUUUGUAUGAAUGGGAUUUCGGUCUUGGAAUGUUACCUAUCAAUUCUUCCUCACCAGAGAUUAGAUGGUAUUAUGAGUUUGAAGGACAUUAUAGAGUCACAAUGACUGUGUGGAAUCAAGUCAGCCACUACAAGACACAGUGUUAUGUGACUGUUCAGAGACCCAUUAUGUUUGUUUAUAUAAGGCAUAAUGGUGGAGAUGUAAUCUCAGCUGAAGUUGAGGUAGCAUUUAAUGCAGUCGUAUCAGAUGUCUCUGCUAAUUUCCUAUGGAAUUUUGGCAAUUCAUCCCAUGUAGGUUUUGGACAAAACGUCUUGCACAAAUUCCAUGUGUCAGGUAACAUAACGGUCAGUCUCCAGGUAAAAAACAGCGUGAGCCUUGGUAAAACCUCUGUUAUAGUAUAUGUGCAAGCUCCAAUUAAAAAAUUGUGUCUUAAUGCUGACCAUGUGAUAGCAAAGACUAAACAAAUGGUCAAUUUUUUUACAUCCUUGUCUAGUGGGGAUAGUGUGCAAUAUUACUGGUCAAUGUGUAAGUCAUGUCCAAAUGUGACUGGACCUUCAAAUAUCUCUCAUAUAUUCAAUGAUCCAGGAUCCUAUAGGGUUAGAGUGACAGCUAAAAAUUUAGUAAGCUCUGCUGAAGCAUUUAUCAUGGUAGAUGUGCAGGAGCCAAUUGAAAAUGUAAGUGUUCAUCAACAGUAUCCAUAUGUGGUUGGCUAUGCUGGUCUUAAUGAACCUGUUACUCUCACGGCUCAUGUUGUCAAAGGCACCAACCUUACCUACCGUUGGGUGUUGUGGCCUGGGCCAUGGGAAAGCAACAGUUCAUCUGUUUCUUUCCACCCAAAUAAAUUGGGAGAUAUUUUGGCAGAGGUUUGGGUAGAGAAUGUCUUGGGAGUUGGAUAUGCCCAAACUCAACUCAAAAUCUUAGAGAGAAUAAAAAGUGUUUAUAUUCAAAAAGCUGCAAGCUUUGUUGCGCUUGGAACUCCAGUAAAUGUAACUGUUUUUGUAAAAUCUGGUAGUGAACUGGAGUAUGCUUGGCAUCUUGGAGAAGGUUCAGCAAUGCCAAUGAAUCAAAAACAGGCUGUGACUUUAUAUUUCCUUACCCCUGGUUUAAAGAACAUUACGGUUACAGUGUCCAAUGCUUUGAGUUCAACCACUGUGUCAACGGUAUUGACUGUGCAAGAAGUACUGUCCAACCUUAGCAUUGGCAUCGAAAACACAUAUAAUUCCCUAGCAGUUUUGUCACACAAAAGGAUUUUAUCAUACAGUUCAGUAGAAAGUGGCACAGAUUUGACAUGGAAAUGGACAGUGUCUGGAAUGAACAAAGAAUUUACAUACAAUACCCAAAACAUGUCGCAUAUCUUCACAGAACCUGGGCAGUAUUGGCUGUGGCUUCAGGCCUGGAACUCAGUGAGCAUUGCAAGCACAUCCCUUUCAUUGCUGGUGCAGGAUGCAGUGAGUGGGUUUAUGGUCAGCACAGAAAAAAAUAUCUUCUGCAUUGGACAAGAAGUCAAAUUUUGUCCCAGCAUUCACCGUGGCACAAAUGUGUCCUUCACAAUCAUGGUUCCUCAGUUGAAGUUCUCUCAGACCCUCAUUCAUAAAUGUGGUCACCUUAAUUUUCCCUCUUCUGGUACAUUUAAAAUUUUGGCUAUUGCAUAUAAUAAAGUUAGCAGGGCCAACGUUAGCCAUAGCAUUCAAGUUGCAGAGAGCGUGAAAGGGUUGAAGGUGAUAAGUCUUCCAACUUUUUGGCCUGUGGAUCAAACAAUGCAUUUAACUGCCACCCUGGAAACUGGACAUGCCACCGUAUUUCAGUGGACCUUCCAACAAGUCGGACAACCUGAGUUUACCCUUAUGGGUCAAUCUAUAGAAUUCACUUGUCUCAAAGCUGGAACACUUCUUGUUCUUCUCAAUGCUAGUAACCCUUCAUGCUUCUCCUCUUUUACAUCAUCAGUGACCAUCCAAUCACCAGUAACCAAGGUUUACCUGCAGAGCAACAGCAAAGAGGUUUUCCUGAACCAGUGCGUCACAUUUCUUGCUGUUGUAUCUGAUGGGUCAGACCUACAUUUCCUCUGGACAUUUGAAGGGGAUGAAAAAAAUAUUACAGGUAUGGAGACUUCAGUUGAAUACUGUUACAACCACAAAGGGGAUUAUGUGACCCGUGUUUCUGCUUUUAAUCUGGUGAGUCAAGUUUAUGCUCAGACAACUGUAAGUGUCAGGUCACUGGAAUGUGUACAGCCCCAGGUCCAGAUGCUAAAACUGCCAAUGUUUUUCUACCGAUCCAUUGGUGGAAAUUUUGAAACCAGUGUGAAUCUAAAAGGAUGUACAAAAUACAGAGCGAUAUAUCUAUGGCAGCUUUAUAAUGGGACAGAUUGCUCUGAUGACUUAUUAGCUGUCCCAAAACUGGACAUAUCCAAAACGUUCUUGUCCAUUCCUGGGCGCACACUUAGCACUGGGAUUUACUGCUUGCUGUUCACCAUUACUCUUGAAGGAACACCGCUCUCUAAUAAUGCAACACAUGUUUUUCAAGUCAGACAUAGCUCUAUCGUUGCUCAGAUACAUGGAGGCUCAAAACGAACUUGGCCAGUAGACAGAGACCUAUCUUUGGAUGGUACGAAGUCUUAUGAUCCAGACCUGGAUGAAGGACAUAAAGAGACAGAUAUGGAGUUUGAAUGGAAUGUGGAACCACUGAAGAAUGAGGGAACAUCCUGCCCUCUGCCUCCUUUGCCUGCUCUACCAAGGAUCUCAGUCAUUUGGGCAGCACAUUGUACCAAUAAAUCAUUUAUUUUCACCCUAAGCAUACGAAAGCCUGGAAGAAAUGCAGCAAAGGCCCAGCAGAUAGUCUUUCUUCAUCCUGGCAAAGUGUUACCAGUCUUCAUUCGAUGCAUCUCAUGCCACUUAUCAUCUCCCUAUCAGUUCAGCCAUGAUGAUCCUGUGAUUUUGUAUGGUGACUGUGAUACUUGCCACAGUGAUACAUUGUUUACUUGGAGUGCUAAAGACUCCCUCGGGCAUCCUCUGACCUUGGACAGGAACACAACCACCAGUGGGCCUAGGAGCCCUGAGCUUGUAAUCCGGAGAGGAGUCCUGCAGGAUUAUCUGUCCUAUACAUUCUAUUUGCGGGUUACUCAGCAGAGAGAACCGGAAUGGGGAGAAAGCAGCAUCACCCUUAUACCGAACAAGCCGCCAACUGGGGGGGAGUGCUCACUGCUUCCCCAACACACCAUCUUGUGGUUAGAAACCCUCUUGGAGUAUAACUGCACAGGGUGGAGGGAUCCUGAUUUGGACACUCAGCUCUUCUACUCCUUGUCGGUUGGGCUUUGCUCUGCCAGAGGUUGUCAGAAGCUCCAUUUAUACCGAGGACUGAAAAAUCAGUAUGGUGUGCGGCCUCCUGCGGCCAUUGAGCUGAGAGAAAUUCAGGUGUAUGUGGAAGUGGAGGACGCGCAGGGAGCUCGCAUGCUGGCAUUGAACCGCACUAUAUUGAUUUCAUUAUCCCAGGUAUCACCUGGUAUUUCUACGACUCAGUGGCUGAGGAAUCACAGCAAGUCCAUCUUGGAGCACAUGAGCAUAGUAGGUGACACUCCGCUGGUGAUCCAGUUGGCAUUGGAGUUGGUCACCACUCUGAGCCUGGGUGAUAAUAUAACUGAAGAAGAGCAGAAUUAUCUUAGGCUUAUCCGAAACAAUGUGACUCGUGCUGUGUCCUCCAUACCACUCUCCAGUCUUUGGGAGGUAGCCGCAGUUAGCGCAGCCUUGACACAAUGUGUGGGUGUUCAUCAUGACAUGGAUAUGCCAGUAUGGUUAAAUGUCCUGAAUACCACAGAGAAAAUGAUCCAUAUGCUGAAUGAAAGGGGUGCCCACAGACAAGGACCUGAUGCUGAUAUACCACAGAACAUCCUCACUAUAUUAGGUGAUGCUUUGGCCUCCUCAUAUUCGGAUGACCUGUCUCUUACUGCUUUUAACCUGACAAGGGCUCUCACUGUAUCCCUUGGAAGGUCAUGUGUCCGAGGUGAGGAUCCUCUACUUCUUGCUGUUCCUGGUGUUCGGGCACAAGUGACACGAGUUUCUACCGAACCCUCCCUGGGCUUUGCUCCUUUGUCAUUGUACCAAACCUCUAAACCUCAGAAUCUGUCACAUACCUUGGCAAGUUACCAUGAACUUCUUCAAGUGACCAUUGAACUGGAAGAUAACCCGUUUCCUGCAGGACUUUCUCUAAACCUCACCAUGUCUUCUCGGUUGGUUGCCUUAGAGUUCACAUUCAUUAAUGGUGAACCUGUACCUGUUAAAGACUUGCCUGAAGACUCUGCAAUCCAGCUGACAUUGCCCAUCAGGGAGGAGGUUGUUCUAAGUCCAGUAUCAGCUUUCAUACCGCCAAGGGGUAGUGCCAACUUCACAAUGACUACCAGCAUGGAACACAUAUCGGCAGGCAUGCAUCUACAUAUUAGUUUUACACAGCUGAAUGAGUCAGACUGGUCACUUGAAGAAUCCCCAGAACUGUUAAUUUCAUAUGGACCCCUUCAAUUCUUCAAUAAUUCUGACAUGCAAAGGAUUCAUAUGUUGAGGUUCUCGUUGGGUGAGGAGAAUACACGGAAUCUCACAUUGCUUCUUCCCAGUACUCGGAGUGGGUCGUUGCUGGAGUACCAGAUCAAUAUCACAAGUCAGCUCUCCAUCAGCUCCAUUUCGGUCUCCGUCAGCCUCUUCUCCAGCCUCUGCCAAUACUUCCAUGUGCCCAGCCUGACAUGGAGAACAGACGGCAUGAGCCCAAGCAAUGCCAGUCUUCCACAUCAAGCCGUGUGCCGGGCCCAGCACCUUACUCUGUUUGGAGCCAGUCUGUUUGUGCCUCCGCACCAACUUGUAUGGUUGUCCCCUUCUCCCCGUCAGUGGACCCUUGCGGUGCUUUGCUGCACUGUGCUUCUUUCUCUCUAUCUGCUGCUGGUCCUGAUAACGCACAAGUUGGACCAUCUGGACUUGUCACGGGUAGGAACCAUUCCGUUGUGUGGUCCACAAAGCCAGUACAGAUACUGGGUGCUGGUGAAGACAGGCUGGAGGAAGGGGGCAGGAACUACUGCCCAUGUCGGCAUCUGCCUGUAUGGGCUGAACAAGAGUGGAGCCCGUCACCUAAACAGCAGGGGAGGUUUGGAUCCGUCAUGGUUCCUGCAAUAUGUGGCUGUAUGUGACAAGCAGACGGAUUUCCUCUACUUUUUCCUGGUGAAUGACUGGCUGUCUGUAGAGAAUGAGCGGAAUGGAGGAAGAGUGGAGAAAGAAGUUCUGGCUACCUGUCCUCAGGAGUUCAGCAGCUUCUCCCAGGUGUUCCCCCAGCAGCUCCUCCUUGGUAUAACAGACUGGCACCUCUGGCUGUCAGUGUGGUGGCGUCCUGCACGCAGCCGGUUUACACGUGUUCAGCGAGUCACAUGUUGUGCGUUGGUGCUUCAUCUGUACAUGACAAUCUGCUCAGUGUGGUAUGGAGCCAUUGGAAUUCGAGAGGGAAGCUCUGUUAUAGGACUGCAGUCUCUGGUUACAUGGGAAAGUAUUUUUAUCGGGAUACUUGUGUCUGUGAUGGUCGUGCCUGUACAGCUUCUUUUCUCGUUUCUUUUUAGAGAAACACGUAGCUUGGUAUUUGUAGAGGAUUCUGCUACCUCCAUCCAAUCUACAGAACAGGACGUUCAUAUGGACACACCUUCCCUUUUGUCCUUACCUGGAAAGGCCGACUCUCUACUGGACAUCAGUUCACUCAGCUGUGCUUCCAUAAACAGCAGUAAAUUUACAUUUGACCUUGAGAAAGAUGGCAGCUUGUUUGCAGAGAGAGCUGGACCUAUCUGGAUGUCCUCUUGUGAGAGCUUAUAUGAUCCCCGCGAUGAUAUCCUGACUGAGUCAGGACUUGGUUUCAUGCAACCUCUGUGCAAGCAGAAAGAAAAAGACCAGCUGGGGUUCCUAUCAUCCUGCAGCUCAGGAGAUGAUCCAUUGUCAUUAUCAGAAGGGUCCAGCAGCAGUCCACACUUCACUCUUUCAGAGGGAAACUUACUUCAGUCCAUUGCUGCAAACGUUCAAGUGUGGAAAUGCAGCGAAGAGUCAGACAGUGGCAGGUUUUCACCCCGGCCAGCUCUUGGGUCGCCCAGCACCGAAAGUGGUUACAGCCUCAUGACGGAGAAUGAGGACCGCUAUAUGACUCAAUGCUGGAGUGAGAGCCACCAAUGGUGUGAUACUAAGAGAAGAUCAUUCUCUUCUUCUUCUGUCUCCGAGGCCACCAGUAAUGAGUCCGAGCUUCAGGAAUGCUGGGAUAUCCCAUCAGCCUCUCCUUCCCCUUUCACGACUCGUAUUGGGGUUCCAUGGAAGCCUCUUGGAUGGCUGUUCCCUCCCUGGAUGCUGUGGGUAGUUUACAUAUUGGCAUUCAUUCUAUUAGCUGGCUGUGUUGCCGUCACUGUUCUCUAUACGUCAUCUCUUUCUGAACAUGGCUUCUUCCUAUGGCUCAUAUCAUCUACCUGUGCACUGCUUUCAUCUGUUCUCCUGCUGGAGCCCCUCAAGGUGGUGUUGCUUUCAUUGUACAAUGCUCUGUACUGCCCCCCAGUUCUGAACGAAGGCAUGGGUUUGGUGGAGGAGCCACUUAUUAGGAAGAUAACGGAUCAUGCGGAUAAAGUCCGAGCACCAGGGGGCUUCAGCCUAUUGCAGGCAAAAGAGGAAGCAAGGAGAGUACGUGCACUGAGGUCCAUGAUUCAGAAUUGUUCGGGUUACAUGGUUUUCAUCCUCUUGGUGCUGUUGAUGUAUUUCCACAUCAGCUUUCAUGACAACAACAUCCGACUCCUUCACUCGGCCAUAAAGCACUCUAUUACUGACUCCUUUGAAAUUAAUACAGUACAAAGCACUUCUAAUGUAUGGCGCUGGAUACACAUCACACUACCGGCUCAUCUGUCCCGGGACCAUCGACUGAAACUUGUGAGAGCCCCUCGUUUGUGCCAGCUUCAUAGUCUACAUUCCAGUGUGUUAGGUUGGACUCACACUUUAGAUUCCCCUUCAGGCUCAGAACCAUGCACUAAUCUUACAUUGGGGUCAAACUUUGCAAUUGAUUAUUGCAGCAUUCUGCAAGUGGAGAUCACACAGUAUCACAAAGAUGUUGGUCUAUAUAUCUCCACCAUUGUUCAUCUGGACCUGUCACAAUAUGGAAGCCGAGCUUUCAGGCUGUCUAUCCUCCCGUUCCACCUCGAGAAGCAAGGGCAUGGUCUGAACCUGCCUAUGGUACUAGCAUUCUCUCUCUUGCUUGCUGCUCUGCUUUUCUUGUAUCCAGAACUGGCUGCCUUGGUUGGAUUCUGUUCUUCAGGUUCAACCUUCUCUCUUCAAUGGACGCGCCUACUUCUUGGGUUGGCAUCUGCAGCCACAGGACUUGUGCACAUUGGCAGGGUUUGGCUGACAAAGCAUCGGAUGGAGCAAUACCAGGCACAACCCUGGACAUUUAUCAGCCUGUAUGAUGUAGCAUUGCUAUCACGAACACAGGUUUCCCUGUCUGGCACUCUGUUAUUACUGAUCAUGCUGAAGGUUGCACAACAGUUUCGGUUUGUGCGGCGCUGGGCGGUGUUUAUAAAAACGUUUCAAUCAUUACGGAUGGAAUUACCUGGUUUGGUACUUCUUAUAGCUGCCUUUCUGGUGGUACUGACUCAUUGCAUGAACCUGGUGAUCUGUGUAUUAUUUCCAGCACUCAGUAUCCCCUGCAACAAAUUUUCUGACUUGCUGUGGGACGGUCGGCGCUUCUGGCCCAUGUUAAAAGGUGUCCCUUGCCUUGGAUGGUUGGGGCUGAGUGUCUUACUGGUGUUCAGGGGGCUUCUGUGUGGCUCAGUACUCGCUAGUUAUCACCGUACCCGAGCUGAAUGUUACCGCCUGGCGCUGGAACCUCAAGAUUACGAGAUGAUUGACUUCUUUGUGAAAAGGUUUAAACUGUGGCUGGGAGUCAACAAAGUAAAACAGUAUCGCCAUAGUGUGAGAUUUGAAGGCCUGGGACCUUCUUCGACCAGAUCAUCCCCAACAUCCUCCCAUAUGCCACCUGAGACUGAACUGGUCCAUCGACCACCUUCUGCUGAAGAACAAGAGCUGUUUCCUCCAUGCAGUCCUCGCCCUGUUCUUUCACCUGCUCUAGCAGUUGAACAUCUUCCCAGAGCAAUCUCCGAACUCCUGGACAGAAUGGACAAAGUCACCCAGGUCCUAAGAGAAGUGAGCAUCUUGGAGCAGAGACUUAAACUUUGGCAACUAUCACAAAAGUCUACCCAGCAGCUGCAUAAGGAAGCUCCCACCUCCAAAUUGGAUAAGCAACUUCUACCUCGGACCUACAGCACAUUUUCCGAAUCUGCCCUUACUCGCAUAAAAGCAACGAUCGUCAAGUCUAACAGCUACAGGUUCUCGCGCUGGGCAGCUCCAUUAAAUACAGGCUUGCCAAGGCACCCUGCAUCAGCUGAUCUGUGCAAAAGAGCCAGACUGCCCAUGAGAAGACCCCGCAGUGAGGAAAAUUCAGGAGGCCUAAGACAAAAUGAAGAUCUUAUCCACCCAUUUCCUCUGAAACGUAGAGCAUGGGACUUAGAGAAACCGGGAGGGUUGUGCCACAGUCCAAGUGGGACCAGUGUUAAAGGGAGUAUAUUGUCUUAA